AUGGGCCUCGACUUUGGCAAAGCCGUCGGCACCGCCUGCGCCACAUUUGCAAUCACAAACGUCGACGACAUAUUCGUCCUCAUUACAUUUUUCACCGAAGCAUCAACCAGUCAAACACUGACCCCUCUCAAAAUCGCCAUCGGUCAAUAUGUCGGCUUCACGGUUAUCAUUGCCGUCAGCAUGAUAGGAUUCGGCGCAUCCCUGCUUAUUCCCGCAGAACCAAUUGGAUUUCUUGGUCUUAUACCCAUGUUACUCGGCAUCAGGUGGCUUCUUGGUCUCAUCUUCAAAACGGAGGAGGAGGAUGAUGAGGAUGAUGCAGCUGUUGAAAUAUCCAGGACUGCUGGGCUUAAGAGCAUUUUCAAGGUUGCUUCUAUGACUGUGAUGAACGGCGCGGAUAACAUGAGCACAUACAUUCCCCUUUUCUCACAAGCGAAGGGUAAUGAGGUUGCGAUAUACGUGGUUGUGUACUACAUCUUACUUGGGUUAUGGUGUCUUGCUGCCUAUCUUAUCAUGAAACAAAAACAUAUCCUACAUAUUGCUCAAAAGUACGCAGCUGUGGUUGUACCGUUUUUCUAUAUCGGCCUUGGAAUAUUCAUCGUUGUCGACUCAGAUUGUUAUCCGUGGUCGAUUGAAAAGAUUGACGAUGAUCUUGACACACAUCCUGGAAAGAUCAUCUUGGGCGUUGUUACAGCGGUUCUCAUGGUAGCAUGUAUCAGUUGGAUGCUUCUCUAUAAGUUGCGAGCGCAACCAGCUCAAUCAGUUCCAGAUGAGGAGGUAUCUGACAUUGAGGGCAGCUCUCAACCGGAAUCACAACAGGAAAUCUGUAAUGGUUCCGUCCAGCCCGUCCCCGUUCAAUCCGUUCAAAUUGGUACAAGCACAGAACAGAAAUAA